GGCUGAGAGAUUGUUCCUCAGGUUGGGCAGCCUAGCGGAGUAAAAUGGAGUUUACUGCUCACACUUUCUUUGGAUGCUUUUCUAUAAUAUUUUUCCUGCUGAUACGAACAGCAAGUUCAGAACUAUUUACUGUGGAUAGUCCUGUUGGACCUAUGGUGGCCCUAGUAGGUGAAGAAGUAAAGCUGCAUUGCCACAUCUCCCCAGCACAAAAUGCAGAGCACAUGGAGGUAUAUUGGUACCAUAAAUCCUUCACCAAACCUCUUCAACUGUACAAAAGGGGUAAUGACCACUACAGAGAAACUAGCCUAGAUAACAUCGAAAGAACAGAAAUCUUGAAGGAAGACAUUGGAAAGGGCAACAUAACUCUCAGGAUCCAAAAUGUCAGUGUAUCUGAUGGUGGAAAGUACCGCUGUUUGUUUAAAGAUGGUAACUUUACUAAAGAAGCUGUGCAGGAAUUGAAGGUGCUUGCUCCAGACUUGGAUUUAGAAAUUCAAGUAAAAAUCAAUAAAUUCCAAGGGAUCCAGAUUAAAUGUUCCUCAGGAGGAUGGUUCCCGCAGCCUCAGAUGCAGUGGGUUAACAGCAGAGGAGAAUUAAUUCCACUUUCAUCAAAAUCUGAGACACAGGAUGAAGCUGGUCUAUUCCAUAUGCACAUUACUCUUUUCCUUGAACAGUCCCAGGGAAUGAUCACAUGCUGGCUUCAGCAUCCAGAAACUGGCCAAGAGAAAAGGACAAGCAUUCAGAUGGCAG